AUGGCCCCAAAGAAGGAGAAGCAUGAAUUUGCUGCGAAGAAGAUCAAAAUGAAAAAGGAUUCGAAGAUGAAGCUGAAGAAGAAAAAAGUACCUUCCAGUUCAAGCACAGUUGCGGCAGUUGGUGGUAGCGAGAACAGAGGCGUCGAUUCAGAUUGGUGGAAUUGUUUUUGGGAAAAGAAUUCCCCCAUUUCGGGUUCAAUGGUUCCCCAAGAUGAAGAAGAAGGAUUCAAGUACUUUUUCCGACUCUCAAAAAAGACAUUCGAGUACAUAUGUUCUCUUGUACGAGAAGAUCUCAUAUCACGACCUCCUUCAGGGCUCAUCAACAUCGAAGGAAGACUUCUCAGUGUCGAAAAACAAGUUGCAAUCGCUUUAAGAAGAUUAGCAUCUGGUGAAUCUCAAGUUUCAGUAGGAGCAUCGUUCAAUGUUGGACAAUCAACAGUUUCUCAAGUCACAUGGAGAUUCAUAGAAGCCAUGGAAGAACGCGCCAGACACCAUCUCAAAUGGCCAGACAAUGAAAAAUUACAGAAAAUCAAAUCAGAAUUCGAGAGAUCUUUCAAAUUACCCAAUUGUUGUGGAGCCAUUGAUGCAACUCACAUAGUUAUGACCCUUCCAGCUGUUCAAACUUCAGAUGAUUGGUGUGAUCAGGUUGGCCAGGUGGCAUGA